AUGCCUUCCUUGCGGCACGACAUUCUUUGCACCAUAGACGAAUUCUUUGCCACAACAAUAUUCUUGUUUGGUGCAUAUGGUGCAAUACGUGCUGGGAUUACGGGAGCCGGUGAAUUAACGAAUGAUUCGUUGAUUGUUAUCGCGUUUGGAUUUGGGUUCUCUUUGAUGACUGCUGUCUGGGUAGCAGCAUCAACGUCCGGCGCAUGCUGCAAUCCAGUGAUUGCCAUGGUGGCAUAUUUGGCUGGAAAGCUCUCGGUCCUCCGCCUGAUUCUCUACAUCCUCGCCGAAUCCCUCGCCGCAAUCUUUGCAGCUGCACUCGUUAAGGCUCUCAUGCCUGGCGACUUUAUCGGCGCAACAACACCAGGAUUUGGAUCAUCGCUCGCUCAAGCCUGGUUUCUCGAAAUGGUUAUGAGUGCUGUUCUCGCACUCGUCGUACUGAAUGGGGCCAUUGACGGGCAAUCCAAAGAACUCGCACCACUACAUAUUGGAUUGACGCUUGUUGUUAUACAUCUUGGAGCGGUGCCAUUUAGCGGGAGCAGUGUAAAUCCGGCGAGGAGUUUGGGGAGCGCUGUGCUGAGUGGUGUCUGGACGGGGCAUUGGAUUUACUGGACUGCACCAUUCGUGGGCGGUCUAAUUGGAUUUGUGAUUUGGAAGCUCUUGCAAAAGGGACGUGCUGAGCCUGAUAAUGAGUAUCUGGCUGCAGCAGUUGAAUUCAUUGGAACAGCAAUGUUUUUAUUUCUCGCAUAUGCUGGUAUUCAAGCUGCUGUACAAACCUCAGCCGGAACGUUUGCAUCCACUCUUUUGGUUAUUGCGCUUGCGUUUGGAAUCAGUCUCAUGAUUACCGUAUGGACAUUUGGAGGCGUAACAGGCGCCCCACAAAACCCAGCAGUCGCCAUCAGCGUCUUCCUGAUCGGGAAAAUGUCUCUCACACGUAUGCUUCUCUACAUCGUCACUGAACUCGCCGGUGGGCUUUUCGCUGGCGGUCUCGCAUACGCCAUAUUCCCAAACAAGGUUGUCGGUGCCACGACGCUGGGAGAUGGCACGACUCAAGUACAGGGCGUGUUUUUAGAGGCGAUCACAACAUCGUUCCUGCUUGUAGUCAUAUUGAGGGAUGCCGUUAGUGGGUUUGCAGGGAUUUUUGCACCCAUCCCAAUCGGGUUUGUUCUAAUUGCAAUCCACCUCGUAACUGUGCAAUUCACCGGUGCAUCAGUCAACAUUGCACGGUCUUUGGGCACUGCUGUGAUUACUGCCGUAGGAGUGUGGAAAGUAGCUGCAAUGACUGAUGCUGAAGCUGCUGCUGAAGCCAAAGCUGCGGCUUCGCCAACUACGACGUUGGUUGAUGAUGGUCCGACUGUUGUGAAGGUCGAGGGGGGUGAUAAGAUUGAGCAGGCUUGA